CACAAAUACACAGAAAGACAAAGACAGAGGAGAGCAGAGGGAUGUGGACUGGAGUUUGGGACUGGCACAAGAGGACCACCAAACACCUCCAUGGGGUAGCCAUACAGAUGCAGUCAAUUCCUAGGAUGCUUAUAUAAACACAAUGAAGUGCAUCAAGAGGCAAAGAAGAAACCCAUACCAGUGAUAUUUUGAGGACAUGUGGCAGUGAAGUGGUGAGAAGCUGACCAUGGGUGACUGGAACCUGCUGGGCAGCAUCCUAGAAGAGGUCCACAUUCAUUCCACCAUUGUGGGCAAGAUCUGGCUUACCAUACUCUUCAUCUUCCGCAUGCUGAUCCUGGGUGCAGCCACUGAGGAUGUAUGGGACGACGAGCAGUCCGAGUUUGUCUGCAACACUGACCAGCCCGGCUGCAAGACGGUUUGUUACGAUCGUGCCUUUCCAAUCUCCCUCAUUCGCUUCUGGGUCCUGCAGGUCAUCUUUGUCUCUGCUCCCUCACUGGUCUACAUGGGCCAUGCCCUCUACUGCAUCAGAGCACUGGAGAAGGAGCGCCACCGCAGACGAGCCCAGCUGAAGGAGGAGCUGGAUGAGACUGAGUUGGCGUUGGGCGAACAUAAGCGCAUGGAGAGGGAGCUGAGGAGGCUGGACGAGCAGAGGAAGGUGAAAAAGGCUCCUCUCAGAGGCUCUUUGUUGAGAACCUACAUCAUCCAUAUCCUUACACGGUCUGUGGUGGAGGUCUGCUUCAUCCUGGGCCAGUAUAUACUCUAUGGUGUCCAACUGGAGCCACUCUAUAAGUGUGAGAGGCUGCCUUGCCCCAACAGUGUAGACUGUUACAUCUCCAGGCCCACAGAGAAGACCAUCUUCAUGGUCUUCAUGAUUGCCAUUGCUGGUGUGUCACUUUUCCUCAACAUUUUGGAAAUAUCCCACCUGGGCAUCAGGAAAAUCAAACAGACACUUUAUGGUGAGAGGUACACGGAAGAUGACAGUUUGAUUUACAAGUCCAAGAAGAAGGCAUCCAUACCACACCUCUGUGUAAUGAGCAAUGUAUCACCUCACAACGGGCCUUUGACUCAGACCUUCAAAGUGAUUCCAGAGGCGGACAUGAAGCCACCUCAUUACAACACUGGGCUCAAAGCCAACCAGGACGCAACGAGACACAACAGCUUGGCUCAUCUGGGACACAGUCAGACCAGCUAUAUCUGCCCCCAACCUAGGAUGCCACCAAGGUUUGGCCAGAACUGUGCAAUCCAAGCUCCCCAAACCCAUGAAGGUCCAGAGGUCCACACAGCCAUUGUGGACCACCAUCCAGCCUGGGCUUCUGCUGCGUCCAAUAUGGAGGGAAGUACAACAAGCCAUCAUGAGAAUGCCCAUGACGGAGAACACCCUCACCCCAGCCAUUUGGAAGCUCUGCUGUCCACUAGCACCUUAAGGCCCAGCACUAACAGAGACCUGGAUGAGGACGAGCGAAGGGAGUCAAUGGCGAGUGAGGUCCUGAUCCCUAACCCCAGGAAGACCAGCUUCAUGAUCAGGCUACCAUCUGAGAGCUUGUCCUCCAUCAGUGGCUCCACAAGCCCUUCCUUACAUACGUCAGAGGAGUCGGAUGAACUGGGCUCCCUGCAGGGAGACAUGCCCAUGAUGCCGCCUGCCGGAGGCCGUAGAAUGUCAAUGAGCAUGUUUCUGGAUAUCUCCUCUAUAAUGAAGAAGUGAAGCGACCAGGCUGACAUCAUGUCCAUAGGAGCUGUGUUCCACAGCCCAGCUGGGUCACAAACAGGGGAGAAAUUGUAUCAAUGAUCCAGCCAUCAACAUUGAUCCACCGCUCAAGUCACAUGGGGCCAAAACCAGUCGAACAGUCAGGCCAUGAUGAGGCAGCGGACGCUGUGCCAAAGCCCAGUAUGUUUUGGAUUUGAAGCACCUUAGAACACCUACAUGUGGAUACUAACAGGAAAGGAUUGACUCUUUUUAAAAAAUAUAGACAUCUUUCCAUGUGUUGGCUGAUUUUUUAAGAUUGUGCAGAAACAACACAACGGAUUAUGGAGCAAACUCCUCCUGUUUGCGUCUGUAAAAUGGACUUUAUAAGUUUAAAAUUUUCAACUUUUUCUAAAUUGAAGACUUGAGUAGAAUCUGUGUGUAUCUGUGUAUAGUAAUUUAUAUACAGUAAUUUCAUGAGAAAUGAUGAUACUUUAUAUUAUAUUCAAAUUAAAUGCUUCUUAACAAAACAGCAAUCAUUUUGUCAACAUAUAUUUAAUCAAAAUCAUCCACACACCAACACCACACCAUAGAAUUCUCAUGCUUUUUGCUUUAAUUCUCAACAAAAAUUGCCUAGACAAAAUGGUGUUUUUUUUCUUUUUCAUAUCAAAUAAACAAAACAUAACAUGUUGUACAAUAUUUACAAAAAAUAAACAAAACACAGGUCAUUUGAACAUUCAAAGAUAAAAAAAGGAAAUCAAAAAUGCUGAAUCUGCAUAUAACAGUCAUGUUGCAGGUACUCAAAAAAAGGACACGUAAAAAAUGGCUCACCAAAAUCUACAAAUACAAUGAAGAAACCACUGUAAAAUUUAGAAACAACUCCACAGAAACUAUCUACAUGUCUAUCGUACAGUUCUUACCCAUAAGAAGAGGUAUGCUGAAUCAUCCAGGUAGAUAAGUGCUUAGAAUCUGUUCAACUAAGAUUUAAAAAAUCUCGAAAAUCACAAUGUGAGAUUCAAGUUGCCCCGAUUAACACAUUCUGUAAACACAUUGGAUUAAAUAAGUACUUCCUUUACUCUGCCACCAUGUACUGUAAUUGCAACUUGAAGGCAACUGAUUCCAAAAUACUAACUUCCAUAAGGGAAAAUGCUUCCCUGAUAACCACUGCUCAAGGAUUAAACAAUAACUGCUGUGCCUAGGUUAGCAUUGUAUUCAGAGGUGGUCAAACAUCCUAUGAAGAAAAAUGUAAUGUUAUAGCUAUUCAAUUGACUAUUUAGAGUAGUAGUUUGUUGUCGCAAGUAGUCCCAAGUUUGUUGGCAUGAGUAAUCUGAUGUCAUGUUAAAAUGACAGCAUACUGUGUACACCAGUGGUUCUCAAUCACGUACUACAGUGGCCCAAGAGUCUGCAGGUUUUCCUCCAAUCUAUGGAUGAACACGCCUUCAACAUGGUCAGAGGAUCACCUGCUGAUUUGAAAACAUGCAGACUCUUGGCGCUCCAUGCCCACACAUGGCUAAGAACAACUGUUAGAAACAAAACAUGAAAUUAACCAUACACAUUACUUUCAAAAUGCAAUUAAAGGGCCGUACCUGUUUGCAGUACUUACAUUACUGCUGCUGAACAUUUUCCAAAUUGUCGUUUUUUGAAUGUCGUCCAGCUAUUGCUUUUCAUUUCUUUCAGUACAGUUUAAUAAUGAAUUAGCAGAGCCUUGAAACUUGCUUGUGUUAGCUAAUCUGUCACAGCAAACAUCAAGUUUUUUUUGUGGCAUGGUGAUGCAGUUGUUAGUGUAGAUUGAUCUGAAAAGGACACAUUGCAUUACCAUACAACAAUAAUGUAACUCUGGCAACAUUAAAAGAAUGUGAUGGAUUACCUACAGUACUUCUAAGUUUCAAGUCUCCACGAGUUGAACUGAAACCACAUCAGAACAUAAUUCAGAGAUCUAGUGUGCUUUAAAGAAUGGUUGGCAGAAAUAAAAAGUAUAUGGAAUUUGAAGUCAGUGGGCUAAUACAAAAAAGAUACCAUUGGUAUAUUAUUCUAUUAUCACCAUUUUAAAUUCAAAAUUGCACUGGUAUUACAGAUGCUGCAGAACCAGUCAACAAAUACUGCUAGACACUGAUACAGUUGCUGUUGUAUGUAUAUGGAAGAGGAUUAGAGCCACUGAGUUCUGAGAAUAAUGUCAGAAAUCUAACAAAUAACUCAUAAUUUCAAUAUUAAUGUCAGACUUUUGUUCCUGAAUUUAACUUCCUCUAACUCCUGACUUUUUCCCUUAAAAUGAUGACAAGUGACUAUUCUUCAAAAUUCUGCAUAUUUUGCUCUAAUCAUGUUCCAUACAUGAGGAAUAUUGUGCAGUGUCCAUGUUGUACCCUGACUCCUCAGAGUUGGACUUCUGUAAAAUGCAACCAACCAACCAACCAUCUUGAAAUACUGGAUUUUUCUCAAAAAAGGGAUAAUUAAACACUACAAAAUGAUUUGAUGCCUCAUUUUGAUGUUUACUUAAGUGUAGCAGUUUUCUUGAGCUCAAUUACAGAAAUGCAACUGAUUAAUUACAUCAAGUACAUUUUUAUCUUUAAAAGUCCUCUAGUAUGGUAUAUUUCUUGGUGACACUUACAAGAGCAUUGUCCAUAUGGAGACGCCAGUGGUCAAUAUUAAAUAAAUAAAUAAUAUAAGAAAUGUAAGAAAUAAUCAUAUGAAUAAAAACACAAACAAUGUAUUGUAGCCAAGAAAUUGUAAAAUAAUCCAAUCAAUUUUAAAAACUUUGCUGAUUAUUGUGAAAUGUUAUUUCUUUUCACAAUUUAUUACAUUUUUUUCAUUCCAGCAGUUUUUAUUUAGAAAUGUUUUUUUUUUAAUUUCAUUCAAUGUUUUAAAAAUCUGUGUAAUUAUUUCACAGUUUCAUGUUUAUAUUACAUCUUUUGUCUGUAUAUAUUGAUAUGAUUAUUUAUUUAAUUUAUUUAAUACUGAACACUUUGAGUCUCCAUAUUUCCAGAUGUCCUUUGCUGAUUUCACUAUUUGUCACAAAAGGGAGCUUUAUGAAUAGUGAAACAAAAAGGUAUACUGUUUGUCUUUCCCUUUUGAGGCUUCAUACGGCAGGGGUCAGAAGGGGCCAACAUCCACGAUUUAUGACACUGUUGCACCGCAGUUUCUUAAAGCUGCAGUCUAGUUUCAACUGAAUAAAAUCAUUUGUUCCCUUACUGGAUAGUUUGGCCUCUGUAACCUCUAAGGCAAGAAAAUGUAGCUGCACUUGUAAGAGCUUUUUCAGCUUUUCAUAUGAAUUCUCAGGUCUUAUUUAUAUCUUUACAAAACAAAAAGAACAGGCAAUACACAACAUUGUAAACAUACUCACACCCCUUUAAGUUAAAAUUUUACAACUUAAGUAAGUACAUGUGUGACUUGAAAAUGAAGACUUAUUUUUCAGGAAAUUGUCAAUAAUAAAAAAUACAACCAUUAACAAAUCAAUUCUAAGAAAGGUUAGCGACCUACAUUUCAUACACAUCUAUGCAAUUUCCUCUACACCCAACCCCAACAAGUUCAAAUAAAUAAAUUAACAAGUUCACAUUAAGGAUUUAAAGUAUAUGAAAACCAGCUGAGCAGUGUUCUUCAAUGUAUUCUGAGCAUUUAGUACACAAACUUAUCAUUGGCUAACAGUGUCCUGUGGUGAUAUCAUGGGUGGGAUCAGUUUACUGUCCUUUCAAUAACAUGAGCUGAUUUGUUUUUAUUUUUUAAUUUGAGCUCAUUGUAGUCUGUCAAAGCUAGCAUGGUCUAGCUGACAUUAUUAUACUGAUCCACAUGGUUUUAAUUUCAUAAUUCAAAUAUUCCACGUCUUUUCAAAGCAAGUAGUUUUACAUUCACAAAUCAGAGUGAAAUAGCAGCCCUUUAUUUGAAGGGUUAUUAACCAAUUUCUGAAAAAUCAAGCACAAUGCCAAUUGCUAUUUCAAAUUCUAGUUUGACCUUCCUGGGCUAAACGUGACUUCAACCUAACCCUAGUGGACAAAAAAAGCCCAAACACAUCCAGUAUUCAGAUGUCAUGGACAUGCUCCACCAUCAAGCUGACAAUGCAGCAGCAGAGUGUUGGGCAGCAACAAAGCAGACGACAGCAGCACUCACCCCUGCCACGUGCCUCACCAUCGACUUUUCAACAGCAGAUGGAUUUGGCAUCUCCCUAAAUCAAUAAUGCGCCAGUUUGUUUGGAGCUUUGAACUUCAUAGCAUACACUAUCAGGGAUACUGAUUUGUAAGUAGAAAUUGAUCACUUUGCUUUGUGUUUGAACAAAUUCACAUAUGAUGUGUGAAUUUGAAAACAUACUGUACCGAAUCAUUUUAGUAGGUAUGUACAAUACUAGAACAGUGCAGCUAAAUACAUGAUUACUAUAAGUACAAACACCAAAUUCUUUCUACUUAUAAGACAAUAAAUAAAUGAGUCAAAAAGAGCACUUAUGAUUUGUUUAAGCUGUUGUUUAAAUGACCACACCAGUGUGUUUUAAUUUUAACUCAUUUAACAUGUAUACUUUUAAUUACUACCAUCCAUUUUCCAAAACAUAACAUAGUGUUUUAGAUUGUUGAGUAUGUUUUUUCUACCUUUCUGGCAGCUAUUGGUUUCCAUUCAUUUCACUAAUAUAGUAAUAUAUAAUAUAUAAAUUAACUAGGAGAGUUGCUUGUGAUUAGAAAUCCAUCACAGUGAACAUUAUGUCUGUUGUUAUUUUGUUUUGUUUCAUUAAUUUGCCAUUUUAUUUUCUUUGUCCUAAUGUGUAGACUUUAUAACAAUUUCAGGUAACACUUUAUUGCUGCUGUAAUUCCUAUAUAAUAAAUAUGAAAUAAAAAUAUUAUUUCCAAAGAAGUUUCCAUGUAAUUUGGUACUACCUACCGUAUAAGGAAAUAGAGAUAAAGUUCUAAGACAGUGCACAUAGUAAAUACCCAGCCAUUUAUUAGAUUUUUUUUAGAAAGAACCAGGAAAUUAUGUAAUAGUAAUAUAGGACGGUGUAGUCCCUCAUUCGUCCAGGAAUGUUCCAUCGUAGAAAAGGUUUCAGUCGUAGUCAUCUGGACGCUGUUUUCAGAAUCAAGACGUUUCGGCUCUUUUCAUGUUUCAAACCUCUUCUCAGUAGAGAGAAGAGUUGGUUUGAAAGAGGUGUCAAAGAAGCCAUAACAAUCAUAUGCUAAUCAGGUACUUAACAGUGAUGAGGGAGGUGCAAUAAAAACAAUAGGCCUGAUUACUGAUUA